AUGGAGGAUUAUGCUGAUAUAACGACUUCCCUAAGACAACUUCUGAGGAAAGACAUGCCUUGGGUCUGGACAUCGACAUAUGAUGCAACAUAUGUCACGUGUGAUGCUUCAGGAGUGGCAGUGGGGUCAGUGUUAACCGAGACUAAACAAGGCAUCGAAAAACCGUUAGCGUUUGCCUCAUGGGCGUUGACAGAUCAAGAAAAGAAAUACUUGGUGGGAGAAAGAGAGGCUCUGGCUUGUCUUUGGGCAUACGGUCAGGCGUUAACGGUCCUACUGUCAUCAGGAGGAUCAGGCCAUCGACCUCUUCCAAUUCAUAGAUGGUUUGACCGUUUAAACCAGGCCUCUGGUGAUUUGCAUAAUACGGAAUGUGCUGUGGGCGGAGAAACGUUUCGGGUGGUUUGCCAAUACUUGGACUCAGUAGUCACGCCAGGAGAGUUGAGACAAGAGUCAGAGAAAGAUCCAAUAUUACAGAAAGUCAGAGAAUAUAUAGUGAAGGGAUGGCCACAAGAUUUAACAUCACGAGGAAGUCGAGCGGUAAUACCAACAAAAUUGAGGAAAACUAUGUUGGAUUUGGCACAUGAAGGACACUUAGGGAUGACCGGUGCCACUCCACCCAAUACCAAGCCUUGGGAAAAGAUUCAAAUUGACAUAGUUGGAGAAUUACAAGGUGCACCGAACAAUUAUCGAUAUCUAAUUGUGGUACAUGAUUUGAAUUCAAAAUGGCCAGAGAUUUGUCCCAUUAGUCAUACUGAAACUAGUCGAAUCAUUGAAUUUUUGGAAGACCUUUUUGUUCAUUGGGGUUUGCCAUCUACUAUUGUCACAGAUAACGGACCUCAAUUGUUUCAGGACAAUUUGAGUCAUUUCUUGAAAGAAAGUUAUUCAGCAUAUACGAACAUCAUUAUACCAUCCACAAGCAAACGGUGGAAUAGAGAGGUUCAACCAAGUUGUGAAACAAGGUCUGAGAACACACUUGUUAUAGAAGGCAGAUCAUUCCCUGAAGCAAUCAGGCGGAUAUUGAUAAAUUACAGAGCAACACCUCAUGCGUUGACAAGGCGAUCACCAGCGGAAGUGAUGAUAAAUAGGGGAUUUUGUCUUCCUUUGCAUACAAUUUUACCACCACAAGUGAAUGACAAGGAUAGUGUAAAUGGGGAUAUGGAGGAAGAGAAUGCUACUUUGAGGGAAACAACAGAAGAUACAACAACAAGGAUUAGACAAUAA